AUGGCUUCCACAUCUACAACUGAAACGCGGAUGCGCGACAAACGCGACACCGUUCCGCUCCUGCUCGAGUCGUUCCCCGUUCCGCCAUCAUUCAUUCCUCCCUCCCCUCUGCUUUCCGGUUCGCCUGGUUCGCCUCUACCUCCCGCACACUCGCCAUUCGUUUCACCCAUCCCGUCACCUGCGACGAGACAACCGCUCUCCGGGCCUCCAUCAUCCCCGCUCCCACCUGUCCCCGGCCCAUCCCCCAUUACUGAACAUGAGACCCUCAUGUUUAUCACCGCGGCCCGCUCGAGACGCAGCUCCAAAAUGUCUCUCGCGUCCACCUCCAGUCGCUACUCACAACGCGAUUCCGUCCUCACCGUUGCCAGCAUCGGCAGCGGCAGUAGCAUGCCAUCACCAUCUACCAGCAUGCCCUCUCUCUCACCAUCUACUAGCGUCACCCCCUACGACUCCUCCCGCUCGCUCCGCUCUUACCCCUCCACGAGUUCUCUCGGGGUACCCAUCCCGCGAUACAACAUAGACAGAUCACCGGUGAUCCAGCCCCGUAUCGCCGAAGAAGACGCCGCAGAUCUGACACGGAUGUCGCUCGAUGAGAUCUCUCUGAACUCGCCGCUACCCGACCACCUGAGCGACGAUGAGAAGGUGCUGGACGUCGGUAUUGCGCCCUCUCUUUCGCGACAGGCGCGCCUCGAGCCUGACGGUGAGCCUGAACCGCGCACGUCCUUCUCGUCCAUCGAAGCCCGCCAGGGUCACACCCGUCCAGAAGAGGACCGCGCCGGCCCAUCAGCCGGUCCAUCAGCAACCCCGAGACCGCGACAUUCCGCACCCAGCAGCAGCUCCCGCGUACCCUGGCCUGCAGAGAAGGAACUGCCUCCUCUGCCACCCUCACAGCCACCCCCACCCCCACGAUUUCCUCCGCCGCCACCACCCCCAGCGCAGCGUCGCACGAACAGCCCGGACAUCGACGAGAUCCUCGCAACAACACCGCGGCCGGGACGGAAGUCGUCGGUCGGCUCCGGGCUGCGCUCGCGCUCAACGUCGCGCUCUGUGCGCAGCCUGAAACGGCGCGUGAGCGAAGGCGUGCCUGAGGCGGCCUCACGUCGCACGAGCGCGGCGAGCACCAGUCAGGUGCGCCUAGCGAGGGCGCGCUCGCGUCCAGAGAGGGAGGAAGCUAGCGAGCUCGCGUACGAGCAAACGGCGAUGGCUUCGGGCGCCGCACAUGCGCAUGACGGGGAGGUGUGGGACGAGGACUCAUUCGUGUCUGAUUACGGCGUGCCGAUCGACCAGACAGGCACGCCGUAUGAGAUGUUUGACGGGGAUGAGGAGGCGCGCUUGGAGAAGGAGUUGGAUGGGGACGGGAGCGAUUCGGACUCAAGUCUGGAUCUGCACACCCCUCUACCCGACCUGAUGGUGAAGGAUGGCCUGUUGUCACCGAAUUCGAAACUGGUGCAGGGUUCUCGGGGCACAACACCGCUGCCGGGCGACCGGCCAGGCAGCGUCUUCAGUGUUGCGUCUACAGUGGGUUCGGUGAUGACGAAGUCUGGGCUGUUCAAGGAUGAACGCGAUACCGUUAAGCGCCGCGUGCGACAUCGCGACGGCAGACUGCUGGCUGGCGGUAUCGGUCUUACCACCGGCCUAGGUUGGAGUGAUAGUGAGGAUGAAGACGCGCCCUCCCCGCUCAUUCGACAAAUUUCGUCGCGCUCUUUGAAGAAGCGCGCCGCAUCGAGUUCGUCCCUCCGAAACACUUCCAACUCGCUAUCACACUCGUAUAGCGGACACACGCCCACGAGUCGUAUGGACGAGUUCGGCGUCCUCCCGAAGGUGCCGCGCUCGCUCCCGCCUACCUCGUGGCAGAAGCCGCGCUCCAUGCCUGGUCGGGGAAACGACUGGCGGACAAGUACGAGCAGUUCCGUCUCGAGCGCGUCCUCUGCCUCCGCCCUGUCGCGCACACAGUCUCGCGCGUCAGUCACGUCACAUCGCUCUGCGCCCGCUGGCUCUACAACCCGGCGCGGUCAAGAGCCUACCCCGCUCUCGAUGCAUGCCCUGGGCUACAUCCACGAAGGCGACGAGGUCGGAUUCAAUACGCCCUCGACGUCCUCCAGCGCGAGUCUCCCGAUGCCCAUCACGCCUGACGACCUGCCUGUGCGCGGACGUGCGGGGUCUAUGGGCAAGAAGGUGCCCGCGCGGCUCGACCUCGCUGGCGCCCCAGACAUGACCCCAGAUCUGUACCUGCUCACGUCCGCGACACCGUCGACUACCUCCGCCCCAUCUCCUGCGCUCUCCUCAUUCUCCCCCACCUCGACCCCGAGGCCGGGUGUCCCUCGCCCCUUGCGCUUGCCGCAGUCCGCGGGAAACCUUCGACGUGCCACAGACCCGUCGGGCUCCACGCGGGUGCCACACUCUGCUUCUGCGAGCACUCCUUCCGUCCAGCGUGCGUCUCUCGGGUCGUCCGGGUCGCUCCGCCAGAAACCAUCCCUGGGGAGUCUGCGCCCGCCCUCGGCGAUGCGCCCUGUCCAGACUGGGAUCAUGAGCGCCCCGCCGCAGGACGGGGUUCCCUUUCCCUUCAGCGGGCCCGCGCGGUCUCCGAGCAGGUCGGGCCCCGUCGCGCGCAGUUCGUCUGCGGGCGCCGGAGGUGCAACAACACCGAAGUUGAAGCCACGGACGGGCACCGGCAUGGUGUACCGGACCGCGGGCAGCUCUCCAGCAUCGCCGGUUCCCCCGGUGGCUGCGAGGGCACUGAGCGGAGGUGGAUCGGCUGUGCCAGCGGGGCGGCCAUCGAUGUUGCGCAUGCCGAGCACGACGUCGUUGCGGUCGGCGAAAGGCGUCGGCAUCGCGUUGUAAGCUUCCCCCUAGGCACCGGAUUAUCCACUAUCCACAUUUGCUAGUUAGACUGCAUGACAUUCACCGGCGGCUGCGCUCACACGGUGGCGCGGCCGUCUGGACUCGAUCUUUGAGAGGGGGGAGGUUACUUGUGCGAGUAUGUUGGUCGGUUGGUUCGGUUGUAAUACCUAAUGCACCCGCGUUGUUCUGUUACCAGUUAGUCAGCCAUAGUUACGUCGAGCCCGUUCUUUUCACCAAUUCCUGCGCAUAGCAUAGGUUAGCGAGUUGGUGCCGCGCGCUGCGCGUACGUACAUGUCGUUCGUUGUCACUCAUUACAUAGUAGUUGUUUGUACAUUGUCACCGGGAUUGUUUCGUUUGUUGGGAUGGAUUGCUUCUCGGUGUUGUC